UCAGUUCCACAAUGAUUUGUUAUUGGACUCGACUCGAGAUCGAGUCAGGAAUUUUGCAUUAAUUUUCAUUUUUAUUUUCGAAUAUCGAAGAAUGUUGAGAAAAAUCGUCGAAAAUCUAACGAUUAUAAUUUUAUUGCAGCCGCUAUUGUACGCAGAACUAACUUAUGGAAUUCACGUGCCGAGUAUCGAUUAUCAUCCGUCGUGGAGAAAGUUGAGUCUUGAAAACUGCGGGACCCGUCGAUUCAAUGGAUCCGGCAAAAGCCCAAUAGCCGCUAUGGGCGAGUAUCCUUGGUUCGUCAGACUAGGCUACCUCACGAUCAUCAAAUCGAGCAAAUACUCGAGAAAAACUACUCAGCUAAACUUUCGCUGCAUCGGCUCGAUAAUCAGCGACUGGUUCAUCCUCACGGCGGCUCACUGCGUCGUCUCUCUACCGUCCAACAUGAGAUUAAACCGUAUACGCGUGGGCGAUCACAAUUUAGUCACUAAUCCCGACUGCGAAGGUGCGGAAUGCAACGAUCCUUACGUCGAUCACCAAAUAGCCAAGGUCAUCGCCCACGAGAAGUUCAACGGACCGGUGAAGUUACAACACGACAUUGCACUCGUCAUGGUUACCGAACCCAUCGAAUUCACAGAAUGGGUACGACCGAUUUGUCUACCUCGCGGCUCGAUGCUGGGCCGAGAUUUUAUCCGCGACACGAUCGAAGUGAGCGGCUGGGCGGAAUACCACAAAAAAAAUCGAGAAAUGAGCGAUAGGUUGCUCAAGGCCGUGGUGUCGAUAAUCAAGCCAGAGAAUUGCAAUUACCAGAGAAUGAAAAUCGACGGAAAAAAUCAGUACUGCGUCGGUGGCGGUAAAAAUCGUCGCGACGCUUGCCUGGGCGAUUCGGGUGGGCCACUGAUGAAAUUCACAAAGACAAGUGAACAAGACGUCGAGCCGAGAUUCUACAAUUUGGGAAUCGUCUCGUUCGGGCCCGGCAACUGCGGUGCAGCCACACAGUCGGUGGUCUACACGAGGACGGCCAGCUACAUAUCGUGGAUUUUGAACAAUUUGUAUUGAGAUAUGCAGUUAUUAUUUCUUUGAACUUUACAAAAUACAAUAUAUUGUUUAUACGUGCUACACAUGUACACAAGUGUAUCAUUGGCCAAGGUAAACUGUACAGUAGUCCCCCUUCUUGUUUACGCAGGCAACAACAAUCGUUAUUAUCCGCGAGCGGGAGCACAAGUGUGACACACGGAUGACGUUCUUUAUUAUUACAGUUUGAUUUAAGACUUGUGGGGCGAUAAUUUUUAACGAUGUCUGUAUAUUAGCCGUUAAUAACUGCGCUUUACAUGGUAUAUCGAAUGCAGCAGCCGACGCAGCUUAUGGAAUCUAGCUUAUGGACGCGCGGAGAUUUUUUUAAGGCUCGC